AGAUGGAGCAAACAUGUGAUGAUAUAGAUGAAAUGUUCAGCAAUUUGCUUGGGGAGAUGGACAUGCUGACCCAGAGUUUAGGAGUGGAGACUGUACAACCGCCAUCGCCCAAAGUGUCCAACAAUGAAUUCAGCUUUACAGUUGGUUUUAAAGAUUUAAAUGAAUCCCUAAGUGCCCUAGAGGACAAAGACCUGGAUGCUUUAAUGGCUGAUCUUGUAGCAGACAUAAAUGAUGUUGAACAGAGAACUUUACAAGCCCAAAAAACUACUUCUGGCAACCAGCAGAGUACGGUCACUCAGCCUUCAACAGGCUUGGAUAGUGACAUUUAUUGUAAAUCAAGUCCCUAUGUUACUAUUACUGGAUGGUUUGGGGAUGACUUGCCCCCUCCACCUCCAGACCGUGACUUAGACCUUCCACCGCCACCACCACCACCUCCUCCUGAGCCACUCACCCAGGAAGAACGAGAGGCACAGGCUAAAGCUGACAAGAUUAAACUUGCAUUGGAGAAACUGAAGGAAGCCAAAGUUAAAAAGCUUGUUGUCAAGGUGCACAUGUACGAUAACAGCACAAAGUCACUAAUGGUGGAUGAGCGUCAGGUGACACGGGAUGUUUUAGACAAUCUCUUUGAGAAAACCCAUUGUGACUGCAACGUCGACUGGUGUCUGUAUGAGGUGUACCCAGAGCUGCAAAUCGAAAGGUUUUUUGAAGACCAUGAAAAUGUUGUUGAAGUGUUGUCAGACUGGACUCGAGACACUGAGAAUAAGAUUCUGUUUUUGGAAAAGAGAGAAAAAUACGCUUUAUUUAAAAAUCCCCAGAAUUUCUACCUGGCAAACAAAGGGAAGAAUGAAAGCAAAAAUAUGAAUGAUAAAAACAAAGAGGCUUUAUUGGAGGAAAGCUUCUGUGGGACAUCUGUCAUUGUGCCAGAGCUUGAAGGGGCCCUUUAUUUAAAAGAAGAUGGAAAAAAGUCCUGGAAGAGACGUUACUUUCUUCUACGAGCUUCUGGAAUUUAUUAUGUACCCAAGGGAAAAACCAAGACAUCACGGGAUCUGGCAUGCUUCAUUCAGUUUGAGAAUAUGAACGUUUAUUACGGUUCUCAACACAAAGUGAAAUACAAGGCACCUACAGAUCACUGCUUUGUCUUAAAGCACCCCCAGAUUCAAAAGGAGUCACAGUAUAUCAAGUACUUAUGCUGCGAUGAUCAAGCAACCCUGCAUCAGUGGGUAACAGGAAUAAGAAUUGCUAAGUAUGGCAAGACAUUAUAUGAUAAUUACAAAUGCGCAGUGAAGAAAGCUGGCUUGUCCUCUCGGUGGGCAAAUCAAGGGACAGUGGAACCAGCUGCCCCUGCAGGAUCCUCAUCAGCAGGUGCUGUUCAGUCAAAUGGACAGAUUCCCCAAACUGUUUGUCAUUCCAGUGCAGAAUUUCCAGAGACUCAGAAGACAGUGGAUACAGCAGAAGCCAAGUCAAAUAACAUCAGUGCGCCUGGCCUGGCACAGUCAGUGAUGAGGCCACAGAAAUACCCGAGUAAGAGGAACUCACUGCAGCCGCCUCCUCCACCUGAAAGGCGGUCGUCUGCCAUUUCUGCUUCACCAGUUCUACCCUCCAAAGUCAAACGAGACAGCGGGGUUUACCUAACAGAUCCAGACAGCUUUCCAGCACCACCGCCUACAGUCAAGAUUGAUCUUCCACCACCAUCUGAUUUCUGUGAACCUCCUCCUGAUUUUGUGCCUCCACCACCACCACCACCAGCCUCCAGCAGCAGUAAUGAAGACCUGCCGUUACCCCCUCCACCUCCACCUGUUUCCAGUAAGCCACCACCUCCGAUAAAGAAACCUGUGCCACUUCCUCCAAAAAGGCUAGAAAACACAGGACAAGCUGGAGAGCCACGGUCAGCUGGGCCACCUCCAACUGGGGGUGGAGGCAAGCAGGCAGACUUCAUGUCUGACCUAAUGAAAGCUCUUGAGAAGAAAAGGGGCAGUAGCUCUUGAGCUCUGCAAGCAGGUGGACUUCAAGCCACAGCUGUUUUUGAGAGGGAUCAUGGAGGGCUGUGCUGGAUCAUGCUCCUCCAGGAGGAAUUUUC